UCGACAAGAGCUGCUUCUCAGCACAGCUACAAAACACUUCAAACCUGACCAGCUAAAUGUAUAAACCUAUCCUGCCUAGCUUUUAAACUGGGCUCGUCUUAUACAGCGCAGGAGGCCUGUCUGCUUCAAGAACUGGAGAGCUGGAAGAUGGAUUGCUGUGUCUGGGAAUGGCAAAAGGCAGCAGAAUAAGGGAUGCUAGGUACCGGGGAAGAUUUUCUUAUUCCUCCCAGAGAAGUUGGCUUACCUUCAUGGUGUGCUAUCGCUUUUACAUGCAGCUUGCCAGUUAAUGCUGUCGGUUCUCUAAAGACUUACACAAUGGCUCUGAGAGCUUAGGGUCCCCCCAUCUUCUCUGUACCCCCAUCCCUGGUCCUGUCUUCCCCACCCCGUCCCCUUCCCCAUCCCUUCCUUCCCUCAUCCCCAAAAUUCUUGCUUGUCCUCUCUAGGGAACUUUGUGUGGGUUACUGGCAUGCACGCCGGAUGGUGGUGAUGUGACUGGCAGCUGUGCUGUGACAUGAAGGUUGCAAUGCUUUAAAGAAAGGAGACCAAUUUAAAAAAAAAAACACAAAAGCAAGAGUGAGACAGAGAGGAGAAAACAGCUGGAGGAAGAAAAAGGGGAUACAUUUGUGGAUGACAAAAGGAUGGGUUUCCAUUUAAUUAAGCAGCUGAGAGGCAUGAGUGUGGUGUUAGUGCUACUGCCUACGGUCCUGUUUCUUAUGCUCGCAGGGGCUCAGCGGGCUUGCCCCAAGAACUGCAGAUGUGAUGGCAAAAUUGUGUACUGUGAAUCACAUGCAUUCAGAGAUAUCCCUCAGAAUAUUUCCGGAGGGUCUCAAGGCUUAUCGCUACGGUACAACAGCAUCCAGAAGCUUAAAUCAAAUCAGUUUGCAGGCCUGAAUCAGCUCGUAUGGCUUUAUCUUGACCAUAAUUACAUCAGCUCCGUAGACGAGGAUGCAUUUCAGGGGAUCCGUCGGCUGAAGGAAUUAAUUCUGAGCUCCAACAAAAUUACCCAUCUGCACAACAAAACAUUUCACCCGGUCCCCAAUCUCCGCAAUCUGGACCUUUCUUACAACAAGUUGCAGGUGUUGCAAUCUGAGCAAUUUAAGGGCCUUCGCAAACUCUUGAUCUUGCACUUGCGGUCGAACUCAUUGAAAACAGUGCCAAUCAGAGUUUUUCAAGAUUGCCGAAAUCUCGAUUUUCUGGAUUUGGGCUACAACCGUCUGCGGAGUUUAUCCCGUAAUGCUUUCGCUGGCCUCUUGAAGCUAACAGAGCUCCACUUGGAGCACAAUCAGUUUUCAAAGAUCAACUUUGCCCACUUUCCACGCCUCUUCAACCUCCGCUCUAUUUAUUUGCAAUGGAAUAGGAUCCGGUCUAUUAACCAAGGGCUAACAUGGACUUGGAGUUCCUUGCACAACUUGGAUUUAUCGGGGAAUGACAUCACUGGGAUAGAACCUGGAACCUUCAAAUGCCUCCCCAACCUGCAAAAGCUGAACUUGGAUUCCAACAAACUCACCAACAUCUCUCAGGAGACUGUCAAUGCGUGGAUCUCGCUAAUAUCCAUCACUCUGUCCGGAAAUAUGUGGGAAUGUACUCGAAGCAUUUGCCCUCUUGUUACUUGGCUUAAGAAUUUCAAGGGAAAUAAAGAAAGCACUAUGAUAUGCGCGGGUCCUAAGCAAAUCCAGGGCGAAAAGGUGAGCGAUGCUGUGGAAACAUAUAAUAUCUGUGCCGAAAUCCAGGUUGUGGUCACUGAAAGAUCAUACCAGCCACCUAAAACACCCCAGAGACCUCUCUUUAUCCCCAAACCUACCAUUUUCAAACUGGAAAACAAUCAAAUGACCUCUGUGAUGCCCACUCCUUCUCCAGACUUACCAACACCUGGAACAGAACCAGAGUAUGAGCAUGUUUCCUUUCAUAAAAUCAUUGCUGGGAGUGUCGCCCUCUUUCUUUCAGUGGCUAUGAUUUUGUUGGUUAUCUACGUGUCUUGGAAGCGGUACCCAGCCAGCAUGAAACAACUGCAGCAACACUCUCUCAUGAAGAGGCGCAGGAAAAAGGCCAGAGAGUCCGAAAGGCAAAUGAACUCCCCUUUACAGGAGUAUUACGUGGACUACAAGCCGACAAACUCUGAGACCAUGGAUGUAUCAGUUAAUGGAUCUGGGCCCUGCACAUAUACCAUCUCUGGCUCCAGGGAAUGUGAGUGGAGUACCGGAGUUGACAGGAGAGCAAUAAGCGGUCAACCCCUAAAUCGACCCCCAGUGCACGUUGAUCCCCCGGUCCCUCACCCCAUGAAGACCUUGCCCUAUUACAGCUAUGACCAACCAGUGAUCGGAUACUGCCAGGCCCACAAGCCUCUCCAUGUAAAUAAGGCGUACGACACCAUCUCCCGGGCGGAGCAGGUUGAGACCACCAACCUGGAACUCAGUCGAGACCACAGCUUCAUAGCAACAAUUGCGCGCUCAGCCGCUCCAGCCAUUUACAUUGAGAGAAUACCAAACUAAUCAUGGAGACCGCUUCUUUGGGAAUGGGUGGGAGUAGGGAAUUCUUUUGAGGAACUUCCAUCUCAGAAGAGAAAAGGACAAGAAAAACAAAAAUCUACCAUUCCAGUUGCAAAUGUUCCAACACAAACAAAAGAAAAAGGGAGAAAGAAAAGUGUGGAAAUUCUGUCUUGCAAUUCAGCGCUGAGAACUUGAAGAUUUUCUUUUGCUUUAAAACUUUAAAACAAACUCCUUGGUGUAAAUAUUAAAGAGAGAUUGUCAAGUUCUUAUUAAAAAUAGAUUCACUCUAGCUACAUAAAGGGAUGGAUUAAGAGUUCUGUUUGUAUAUUUGAUUUUUCUACAUUGCACGGUUCUUGAGAAGGAGAACCACAGGUAAAAACGAGGUGGGAGGUUCCAAGGUGGGUCAGUCAUAGCUUCUUUAUUAAGUGUUUAUUACUCUUAAAGCUUUGUUUAAAUUGAUUUUUCUUUCCUUUUUUAAAUCAAACAACAAAAUGAUGGCUAUUUUAUUUUACUUUUGGGGGGAGGGGUCAAGCGCUAAUAUUUUGAACUUCAAACAUGGGCAUUACAGCUUGUGUUGAACCAAAAGGACGUUGGCAAUUGAUGCAGCAGAACAAAGAAAGAAAGAAACAAACAAAAACCUUGGGUGCAUGUACAUUUUAAGACACAUGCUGUGCACUAUGGAGGGUGCUUUGGAUUUUUUACUAUCUUCAUCGUGCUUCAUUGUCGACACUAUAAUUACCAUUUGGGCUCUAAAAAUGGGGAAACAUGAUGGAAUAUCAGUUCACACAUUUACAAUCCAGAGAUGGCAUGGGCAAAAAAUAAUGGACUUUUGGGUACCCAGAUGGAUGCAAUGUGCCGAAAAUGGAUUGGAAGGAAAUGCAUAAAGCAGGAGCAUUUCAAUGAAACUCAAUGGCUGACACAAUUUCUAAAACACAGGAGAAUGUGUAGCAUUGGUUUUGUUUUGUUUUUUUAAUUAAUUAUGAUGAUGAGUUAGCUUUUGUGUAGAUUUUAUCAAUAAAAGGACAAAAAAAGUGGUGGAAAAAAAUAAACAUAUUAUUUUGUGGUUGGGACACCACAGCCAAGCUAA